AUGGAUCCCAAAGAAAUGAAAGACAUCCAAUUGAGUCUCUCUAUCAAGAUACAGCUGCUAAACGACCUGAAGAAUGCGUCGAAUGGGUUACGAGACUACUUCUCUACAAGAGAAAAAGACACAAGCUCAUGGCUAUUAGAGUCCAGCGAAUUCGAAUGGGUAAUAUCUAAUGAAGGCCAGACUCUGUUAUGCCGGGGCAUGCCAGGGGCCGGCAAGACGAUCAUGACUUCCGUCAAACCAAGGGUCGGGAUAGCCUAUACUUAUUGCAACUUCAAGGACACCGAGCGCCAAGAUUGCCACGAUCUGUUAUCCAGCUUGGCGAAGCAGCUGGCGCAAUCCCUCUCGACGAUCCCUCCUAGGCUUGAGGAGCUCUACAGCACUCAUCAGAAACGCAACACCUUUAGGUCAAAACAAGAGACCAUUGAAAUGCUACAGACUAUAGCUUCCUGUUAUGACAGAGUGUUUGUCGUCAUUGACGCCUUGGAUGAGUGUGAAAGAAACGCUCGACUGGAUUUCCUCCCAGAAGUCUUCCGUCUACAACAAGUAUCUCAAGUCAACAUCUUCGCAACCAUCAGGGAUAUCCCAGAGAUUAUUCAGGCGGCGGAGUUUGCGAACUCUAUCGCUGUAGAGAUUCGGGCCACUGAAGAAGACGUGAUGAGAUACGUGUCAGGCCGUAUGACCCAUAUGCAGAGCUUUGUCCGUGGCAACCUCGAUAUGCAGAAAGAAAUCAGGAAGGUUAUCGUGAUGAAAGUUAACGGCAUGUUCCUUUUGGCUAGGCUGCUCAUAGACGCCUGGUCCAACAAGCUGAACGCAAAAAAGCUCAAGGAGGCACUUAGAGCCUUUGGGUCAACGAAUGAAAAGGAGAACGCCUACUCAGCUGUAUACGAUGAGGCUAUGAAACGGGUGCGAUCUCAACCCUCCGAGCAGACCGAGCCUGCGUUGAAAAUUCUCUCUUGGAUCAUUGGCGCCAAGAGACCCUUGAAAGUCACAGAACUACAACAUGCUCUUGCUGUCGAAGAAGGCCAUUCAAGACUCGACCAGGACAACAUCACGCCUAUCGAAACCAUGAUAUCCAGUGGCGUGAUGCGACUUGUACACCAGACUACACAGGAGUACUUUGAAGGGAAACGACAUGAGCUAUUCCCCAAAAUCGAUUCUCAGAUUGCGACUGCAUGUGUGAGCUACCUCUCCAUCGACAACCUUGACGGCAACUCUAAUGACUCUGCCUCGUUCGAUUAUGAAACGCAAGAUUGGGAAGACUCGACUCCUUUCCUCACUUAUGCAACUCUUAACUGGGGGGAGCACACCCGUGCGAGCUCUACCGUCCCCAAAGGGGCUCUUGGAUUCCUUCAAAACCAAGCUAUGCGCAAUAGAUCCCUUUCGGCUCUCAGAAGACUGCGGCGGUUGCCAUUUCUCCCUUGUAAUUCAGCACACACAGCAGCAUACUACGGUAUUGCUCAACUGUUUACCACAUCUGUUUUCCCAGAAGAUGAGAUGUACUCGACCGGCGAGAAUGGCACAACAGCGCUGUGGUGGGCUGCUUAUGCGGGUCAUGCGGACCUUGUCAAAUUCUACCUCGAUAUCGAUGCCAUCGAACACCCGCAAGGGCGUCUUUUACUAAUGGUUGUCAACAGCGGCAAUAUCGCGGUCAUGGAAUAUCUUCUGGACAACAAGGCAGACAUAGAGGGGGCCGACAUCAAUGGAAGAACCCCAUUAUCGUGGGCCAGUCAACAAAACUGGAUGUGA